AUGGGAAAUAAUUGCUGUGUAAGAGAUAAAGGGCCUAUUGACACUCAAAAUACUAGCUCUAUCAAUUAGCAGUAGUCUCAUCAUCGCUAUUCUUUGCAACAAUUUUAAAUAUUAGAAAAACUAAGUCGCUUUAAUCCAAAAAAAAAUGCAUUGCCUGUUGCCUUAACACAUUUCUUAUAAGACGGCUGCUAGGGACUUAUGCGUAGUCUACCUCGCUUAAUAGAAAUUAGCGAAAUAUAUGCACCUAAAGGUGAUUAAUCCCAUUAUUUUGAUCCAAUGCAUAUGUAAUCUUAAUAUGGCUUGACAGAAUGUGUUUCUCCUGGAAAGCAAUUUUAUUUAGAUGAAUUGAGUGCUGCAUUUUAAUAAGAGUUGAAUUACUUUUACUAAAACUCUAUCAUCAAGGAAAGUUCAGCAUUUUGGGGAGUAAUUCUCAUAAUGAAGAUUGGUAAAAAAACCCAUAGCUUCUCAAUAAAAAAGAGAAACGGCUGGGAGUAUGUCAUUCAUACUUUGUAUGAAGUAACUGAAGAAGAAAUUAAAGAAGAAUAAGAAGAGCUAAGAAAAUAGCAAGAAUUGCAGAAAGAAAAAUAAAAAAAUCGCUUAUAGAAACUCUAAGAUUAGAAAUUUAACAGAGAGACUUAAGAGAAUAUAGACAAGCUUAAUUAUCUUUUAUUCUCAGAAGAAAGCACUUUGCAAGAUGAAAUAAUUCCUUUGGAAGAAUUAAAUAGGAAUGAUUCUGCAAAUUUAAUUCAAGAUGAAUCAGCUUCAACAGCUAACAAUUCUCAAAAGGAUGCUCAAAAGAGUGUAACUUUUUAAGAUAAACAAGAGCCGAAAUCAUAAAGAUAAAGUUUUAUAAACCCAGUAAAAAGAUGUUCAGAACUUCCAAGGUAAUCAACACGCAAUACAUUCCGCUAAAUAAAAUAACUAAGACUUCGUGAUAUGGUUUUCAAAGGUUAUAAUUGUGGAGAAAUUUGCUUUUCUCCUUUUGAAAUAUUCUUAGAAUAUCUUAAUUCAAUACCAGAGGAUUACCAACAGCAAAUCCCUAGCUUAGAUAAUCCUGAAGCAAAAUAAGAAAAAUUGUAAGGUUUUAUGCAAUUAGUUACCUUUAAAAAAGAAUUUAAUCUUGAUUUGACUUUCAACAAAAGCUAAGACAACGAUUAUACCAACGUACUUUCACCAGAAAAACCAUAAAAAUCUUGUAACUGA